AUGUUCAUCGUAUAUUUCAGACAUCUAGACGAAAGACUGGAUGUUGUUGAAGGAGAGCUGCAAGGUGUGAGCAAUUCUAGUGCCAUUUUGAGGUUAGAGCAAGAGGUCGAGGCACUUUCAAAUAAACUGCACUUCUUGAAUUCCUCUCUUGAAGAUAUGUGGCGCCUUAAGGAAGCUCAGCUUCAUGAAACGGUGAGAGCAAACAGAAGAGAAGACUUGCAGGAGUUAGAAAAUGGCCUUAACUACCUGCGGAAGGAGGUUCUGGUACUUCAGAACAAAUCAGUUUUCUUAGACACGGCCAUCCUAGCUGAAAAGGAUCGAGAAUUCGAGCAAUCGUCAUUGCUCAAGAACCUUAGUGUCGAAACGGAUGCCCUGAAAUCUGAAAUGGACAGGCUUCUUAGCGUUACGUCCAAGUUGCAGACUUACCUGCAAAUAUUGUCAGCAGACCUGGCUUCUAUUGAAAAUCGUUUCGAAAACCUCAAUGAAGCAGUGUCUUCCGGACUGUAUCUCCAAGAUACGGAAUCAAAGAUCCAAAAUUUAACAGAAGAAUGGCGAAAUGCACUAGCCUUCUUAGCCGCAGAAAUAGAAGAGCUAAAGCAGCAAACAGCUCAAUCUCAUGACACGACACUUUGGAAGAAGGAAGAUGGAGAAGAAGACAUUGAUUUAGAUAUAUCUAGGCUGAGAAUUGGAGGUUUAAAAAAUACGCCCUGCAGAUUGCCAAAUAUCACAGACUCUCACAUUCAAGUGACAAGUAAAUUUGACGAUGAAGGGCAGGAAUAUUUAGUCUUCUCAUGUCGUCCCAUUGGGAUGUAUGCCCUCAUUCAACCACCCGUGCCUUGGCGUUGUGUUGAAGGUACGUGGCGAGGCUCAUUUCCUACGUGUCGCCGCCUGUUGAAUGAGGUUGAAGUAAAUGAACUAGCGAAUCAAGUGAACAAAGAAUUUCGCUGUUCGGACACGGAAGUUCCCGAUCCCACUGACUGUGCGUUCUUUUUCAAAUGUUCGCAUGGAAAGGUUGACCGCAUGAAGUGUCCCUCUAAUUUACACUUUGAUAGCAACAAAAGAAGAUGCGAAUAUCAAAUCAAUGCACGAUGCUCCUCUGUGCUACCUUCUGGAGCAAUAGAGACUCUGCAAACAAUUACUCCAGCGAUCUGGAUAGGACGACCCAACAUUUCACAGAACCAUACCGUCGACGAACAAUUCUCCCUGAUGGGUACGGGCUCUGCUGGAGAAUUAGUAGUCUACCCAAGGACUACCUUCACUCUGCAGUGCCUCUUUCCUGAGAGUGUUUGGGGAACUGCCAGUUGGUAUGUACGCUACAGUGAUUCUGAUUCUUCUGUCAUGAUGUCGAAUGUCCAGACGAGAAAGAGUCACGUUGCUGUGACUGUAACUGCCGCCAAAGAAGAACACAGUGGGACAUAUACUUGUCGCACCCCUUUUGGUGUUGAACAUAGUAUAGUAGUGAAUAUCACAGCCGUUCAAUGUCCUGAGAUAAGUUACAAUGAUGUCAAAUAUAUACGCUUUCCUGAUGCAGAAGAUAGAAUUCUAAGUACAGUAGCUCGGUUUCCAUGUAAGAAAGAACUCUCAGCUAUAUGUCUUUCCAAUGGAAGCUGGUCAAGAGGUCCCCCAACCUCAGAGGAAUGUGCACAUGAAACAGAAAAAAUCGAUGACGAAACUAAAUGGAGAUGUUCACCUAUCGAUACGAAGCAUCGUCCAGGCCUCAUAUUAGACGAAGAUAUGAAACAAAAUAUAGUUAAAUUCAAGUGUAGCAGCAAUUUGAUACUCGAUGGGGAAGCCAUAACACGUUGCGUGGAUGGAGAAUGGACUUAUAGUGAAUUGCCCAGAUGCAUGGAUAAAUAGAAUCUGAAAUAAUGGUUUUGAGAUAGAUAACGUGAGAUAGAUAACCAUAACGUUUCAUAACGUAGUUAUGAAAACCGUAGACUGAAGAAAAUAUUCGUUUUCAUAUUGGUGUACGUUUCUAUAAGAAUGCCCUGAUUAUGCUGAAGAUAACUUAGAUUAUAUAUUUAGUUUCAAUAAAACAGUCUUCUUCAUUUAAAUGUAA